AUGUCGUUGAAGGCGGUUGUUGCCUCCAUGAUUCUCAUAGCCGCAAAGCUCGUGGCUGGUCACGCCGCCAUCACCAACGCUUUCGGCGACCAGGGCGGCUUGGGUACGGCACUUGGCAUCAACCCUAAGAUGCUUCGUAACGGAACGAAACGCAACCCCUUCCAGCAGGACUCAACGCGGUUUCGUGGCCGCAGCCGGGCCACUGUUGGCGAGACCAUCGGUGCAGGCGCCAAUUCUAUCGAGCAGGGCACGCAAGCUAUCAUGGCCCAGACAGGCCGCCAGCUGCCCCAGAUCUCGCCCGGUGGCCAGCUAACGAUGACGGUCCACCAAGUCAACGCUGACGGCGCUGGCCCCUUUACUUGCAUGAUCAACUCAGACGGCACGGCUAAGAACUUCCAGACCCUUCAGGUCACCCAGAAUGUUGCCGGUAACAAAAACGGCCGCAACCGCCAAGGCAACGCCUCGGAUAACCCUCUGACCGUGUCCAUCCCGGCCAACCAACAGUGCAGCGGCAACGUCGCCGGCCAGAACAAUGUCUGCUUGGUUCGCUGCAAGAACCCUGCCAAGGCCGGUCCCUUUGGCGGCGUCGUCCCGGUCCAGAUAGUCAAGCAGGGCAGCGGCCAGGCCGGACAGAAAAAUAACCAGCAGGGAAAUAAUCAGCAAGAAAACAAUCAGCAGGGGAAGGCUCAACAAGGCACUGGAAGCGCUACAACUGCCACCGACAACCAGGCCACCGCUGUUGGAAGCGGUGCUGCUGCCAGAACCGCCACCACUGGGAACACUGCUGGAGGAAGUGCCGGUGCUGCUAGUAACAAUGAUGACGUCGAGGAUGAUGAUUGA